AAAAUAUUUCAUUUAUAAAUUACAUAUCUUACAUUUCCAUAAAUAUAAAUACAUAGAUCCGAGACAAAACGUAAUUGUUUUUAUGAUGUGUCUUAACUUCGGUGAUAUAAUUAAAGUUCACGUGCUUUUAAACGAAGUGAUGAAUUUUUAUCCGCUUUGCUUCAGCAGUUGUAAUUAAUAAAGUUCAACAAUGUUCAUUUAUUUCUUAAUAAAUCUUUGAGCGACUCAUUUCUACCCCGAGAAUUAUGAAGCGUAGUUUGGGGUGAAGAUGGAUGCAACAUUGUAGAACUGAUCUUAGUACCUUUUUUUAUGAUUUUUUACAUAGAUGCAACCUUACUAAUGAGACCUGCCUAUCCUCUUUGAAAGAUAAUUAAUUAGAAGAUCAGGCAGCAAUUCCAGAAGAGAUAUUCGUGUCCACUUUCUUACUAUAUACAAUUCGCUAUGUUUAUUCAAGCUGCGGAGGAUCCUAGUUCUAAUACUCUGAAAUAUAAUUAGUGUGCCAUCAGCUUGUUUAUCUUAGAACAAAUGUAGCCGUGCUAAUUAACGAAUAGUAUCAAGAAACCUAGGGUCUGUUUUAAAGGAAGUCGAGAAGCCGAAAAUUCACCUAUAAAUGGAUACUUGAAACUAGAUACACUCUUUCUGUUCAACCACAAUGAUCGGAAAAACGGAUAUCCUAACUCAAAGUAAUCAUGCGGACCAAAGUCUGGCCAUAUCUACAGACGUAGCACCACCAAUCCACACGUCAACGACUUUCAGAUUUCCUGAUAAUCCAGAUGAGCUAAUUCCAGUUGCUGACUUGGAGGUAAGAGUAGGCAGAUUAGUGAAGGCCUACUAAGUAGCCCUAGGAACCACAACUUGGUAGCACAGACCCAGCGCCUUUCGUCUACUCCAGAGAGUUUGCGCCAAACGCUACACGACUGGAAGCUAUCCUUUCCAGCAUCUGCAAGGGACACGCAUUAGUCUAUGCUUCAGGUUUGGCUGCAUUUCACGCUCUCCUAGUGAGGUUAAAUCCUAAGAUAUUAGCCCUGCCACUUGGGAAGGGAUAUCACGGAAUCCAUGAAGUGGCACAUGUCCACCAACGUAUCGCAGGUACGAAAAUUGUCGACUCUUUUGACACUGCAACAUGGGAUGAGGUUGGUCUCGGUAAAGGAGACGUCAUACACAUCGAGUCACCUAUCAACCCAUCUGGUGAAUCGUAUGAUAUUGCUUACUGGGCAAAUCUAGCGCAUGCACGGGGCGCAUUGCUCACAAUUGACAGCACUCUCGGGCCACCAGGUCUCCAGAAUCCAUUUGAGCAAGGCGCUGAUUUCGUUAUGCACAGCGGGACCAAGUACGUUGGAGGUCAUAGUGAUUUGCUUUGCGGAAUUUUAGUCACUCAGGCCAGUACGGAUGGCUGGAAAGUGUGGCAUCAACUCCAACAAGAAAGACUCGCUCUUGGUAAUGUUAUUGGCAAUCUUGAAAGCUGGUUGGGCGUAAGAAGCUUAAGAACGAUGGAUUUGAGAGUCAAGAGACAAUCACAAACCGCAUCAGAGCUCGUCAACUGGCUUGCUCAUGACAACAACGACUCAAAUGUCAUUCGCAAGGUUCUUGAAAAGGUGCAACAUUCCUCCCUUCAGGCAGAGGAUAAGGAGUGGUUGGAAAAGCAAAUGCCUGGUGGAUUCCCAACAAUAUUCAUUAUAUGGAUGAAGAGCGAAGCAAUCGCGAAAGCACUACCAUCGAAACUUCGCUAUUUCCAACACGCCACAAGCUUGGGAGGUGUCGAAAGUUUAAUAGAAUGGCGUACACUCAGUGAUGACCGAAUUGAUAGGAGGAUUUUGAGAAUUAGUUGUGGUAUAGAACAUGUAGAAGAUCUGAAGUCGGACUUGCUUCAAGCUUUCCAGAGUUUCCUAUAAUUUUAUAUUAAAAGCAAGAUGAAUGUGUCUAUAUUUGAUGUCAACGGUUAGGUUACGGUUAUCACUCCAUUAGGAAAAGUACAAGCGAUAGAUUUCUCUACUGAUUGCCACUGGAUUGUGAUUGCUAAUAAAAAAAAAAGGCAAAUUACUCCUGUACCAUGUUAUGCAUUACAGUGAGAAAGUGACAUAUUAAGGAAUCUUUGCGAUUUUGUACACUUAUUGCUUAUUAGAAGACCUGAUUUAUGGACAGAAGUAAAUGUAAAGAUAAAUAAAUAACUGAUGUGAUUGUUAAUAUUGUAUGUCCCGAUUUUCUAUCUUAUUCUACAAGCCCAUUUCAUUCGAACACCAUGAAGCUAGUUCAUUGUGUAAUAUUCCUGUCUGUCCUGCGUACCGUAAAAGAAGACCCUGGUACGUCCAAGUUACACAAAGAAAUU